AUGGCCUAUCUGUUGGUGUUUUCCAUUUGUCUGGCACUACUGCUAGCCUCGAUAUCUCUAUAUCGAUACGGCUGCAUCCAACGGCAGCAUCCAUUGGUCACAUUCUCUGUAUUGACUGCAUGGAGCUUUUCAUUUUUGAUAGUUUUCACCAUACCUUUGGAUGUUACGUCGACCGUUUAUCGCCAGUGUAUUCAGGAGCACAAUGUGACCUCCAGAUCAACGGCGGCCGUGGUAAAUAACAAGAACAAUGACAGUACUUGCCAACGUCCAUGGGGAAUGGUUGAGGAGGAAGUUUUCCCGAAUCUCUGGCGGAUUAUUUACUGGUCAUCACAGUUUCUGACCUGGUUGAUUAUGCCACUGAUGCAGUCUUAUCUGAAAGCUGGUGAUUUUACGAUAAAAGGCAAACUCAAGUCCGCUCUGGUGGAUAACGCAAUCUAUUAUGGCUCGUAUCUAUUCAUCUGCGGCAUCCUUCUCAUUUAUUUGGCUCUACAGCCUGGAAUCUCAUUGGACUGGCAAAAGUUGAAAGCGAUUGCUUCAUCUGCCUCGAACACUUGGGGCUUGUUUCUAUUGGUGUUGCUGUUGGGCUAUGCAUUGGUAGAAGUUCCCAGAGGAUUGUGGAAUAAUUCAAAGCCAGGCUUCACUUUGCAAUAUGCCUACUUUAAACUAUCCAAGUUAAGUUCCGAGAAAGCGGAAGCGGAAGAACACGUUGACGAUAUCUUGGAAAGUUUACAGUCCGCUAGCCGAGCUAUUCCGAUGCGGCACGAAAUGCGACCCGCGCUGGAAACAAUCAUGCGAAAAGUUCCUACCGAAUUGAUGGAGCGAGCUCGCCGUAUUAGCAGAGAUGACGGUUCCCCGGUGGCUGUACCAUCGGAAAAAGCACUAGUGCGGCUCCAUCGACAGGUUAUCAAAUCACUACAAACUCUUCAACGAACGGAAGCUCUGUGGAAUGUGCAAGUGAACAAAGUGCUGCAUUUAGAAGACAUUGCAAGGAAUGCCGUAUCGUUGGAUCAUCGCUUUAAAACGGAAUUUCCCAAGCAUCGAACCGGUCUGUCGAGAGCCUUGUAUAGCCCUACAUUAGAAUGGUACUGGGAAUGUGUUAUUAAGGCUCCCUUUCUCAAGGUUUUAGCUGUUAUAACAGGCAUCCUGUCAUUCGUUGUCGUUUGGAGUGAGCUGACCUUCUUCAACCGUGAACCGGUGCUUUCCAUCUUUGCGAAUGUUUUGGAUAUAGCGAAAGCGAAUUACGAUUUUGUAACGAUCGAAGUGUUCUCAAUGAUGACACUGUGUUAUCUCUGCUAUUGUGCGUAUUCUACCGUGUUCCGCAUCAAAUUCCUUAAUCUCUACUACCUUGCGGCACAUCAUCAAACAAACGAGUACAGUCUUAUUUUCAGCGGAAUGCUCCUUUGUCGAUUGACCCCUCCGAUGUGUUUGAAUUUCCUGGGUUUGAUUCACAUGGACUCGCAUAUAAUCAAGGAACGUGUUCUGGAAACCCAUUACACCCAGAUCAUGGGUCACAUGGACGUGUUGGGAAUCAUUUCCGACGGAUUCAACAUCUACUUCCCCAUGGUGAUGCUAGCUUUUUGUUUGGCCACCUGGUUUUCGCUGGGAAGUCGAGCUUUGAAUGCUCUUGGAUUUCAGCAGUUUAUGCUAAACGAAACGAUCGCCACAGAGUUGGUCCAAGAGGGUAAAGAUUUGAUAGUGCGAGAAAAACGUAAGCGCCAGAGGGCGGAAGAUGCGAUUGCCCGUCGUCGUGACAACGUCCUAACCAAUUUUGGCAGAGAUACUCCUGGAGGAAGUAGCGGUGGAAACGGAAACGGGAGUGCAUGUGCUGGAGUUGCAAAUAUCCUAACGAAAUACAAGUCGAGAAAUUUGGAUUCGGCAACCAGUCCGGUUGGGCCUGGCGAUGAUUUGGUACGUCACGGGGAUCGGUUGGAUUACAGUACAACAGGACGUGGAUCGGAUUUCAAUCGCUCACUGUCGGAUGAGAUUAACGAGCGUUUCGGCGUGAGCACAAAUGUUACAGUGGGCUUCAAGGGAUACAAUGAUUUUGGCGAUGAUAACGAUGAGGGCCGGGGAGCUCGAAGUGGUGGAGGGGCACCGCGUGGCUUUUUUGACGAUGUUUAAGAAAGUAUUAGAAGAAGGAAAAGCAUUUUAGUUUUAUGAGGGCAGUGAUACUAAGUUUAAUGGCAUAGUGUUAAUUCCCCUUUACAGUCCAGAUAUAUUCAGUCCAUCCUCUUGGCGGCUUCACUAUUCCGAGUAUAAAAAUUCCGAGUAGCAAAAACCAACAUUAUAAUGAUCACUGAUCUCUGUAACACAUGCUGUAGGUUUUUUUUUGAAAAGUGUAGUGGUUUUUGAGCACUGGAUAGUAGAACUGGGAUAAAUAUUAAAAAUACAAAAUAUUAUAAUGCUGGUAACAACAUGCUAAGCAAAAAACGCUGAAAUUUAAAAAAAAUGAUUAGAUCAAGCCGUACUAAACGAUCAAAGUAAAACUGAUAAGAUUUGCAUGUGCUAGGCUCAUCGCCUCCAUACAUAUGCAUGGGGAGCAAUUGCAAUUUGUAGUCAUUGUAGUUGCAAAUAAAAAUAAAUAUAUCGGUCACAGA